AUGCUUCUCUCCGCCCAAUGGCGUGCUGGUUCCAGGGUUUUGUUGCAACGAGGAGGAAUCGCAGUGACACGUGAGUUUCAAACACCAUCGAGACUCUUUUUGCCGCGUUAUUGCAAAAGUCCAUCGCCAAUUUCAAAACGGUCCUCCAUUACUAGCGCAAUGGGAUUCGAUGCAGUGCGGUGGUACACUCCAAUGACGACAGAAGAGGAGGACAAGGAAAAGGCUCGAAUCGCUCACCUAAGUUCAGAAGAAAAAGACCAAGAACUACGCGAGUUAAAUCGUAAACUCGCGAGAUUGGAGAAGUUGAAGGGUAUUAAUACUGGUGAACUAUACACCUGGAGUGGACGGUACAAAGCUCUCAUGAAGGACUAUGGAUUUCCACUAUUUGUUUGGUACUGGUGUUGUUGGUUCUCGAUGGGAGUCAUGGUCUAUGCCUCUAUCGACUUGGGGGGUUUGGAUGCCAUGAUGAUAAUCUCCAAAGCGGACAAUGCCUUGUCCCAACUAACGGGAUCUCAGUGGGCCUUGGCAGAGAAAAUUGAUCCACAACUUGGUCAGAUUGGAGUUACAUUAGUGCUCAAUGAACUCUUGGAACCUAUCCGACUGCCAUUUGUGGUUGUGACUUUAAAGCCAGCCGUCGAUUUUAUUAAUCCUCCAAAGUACUAA